GAUAACUGGUACGUGACACUGUCUAUGGAUACACAGGCCCUGAAUCGCGCAGCCAUAGAGACGCCAACCAUUCAGAAUUCAUCGACGCCCUUACGCUGCUUCACCUUCUACUACUUCAUGAACGGGGCCAACGUAGGCGACCUCUCAGUCAUCCCGAGACACGGUGUGGAUUUGGGGGCACCCGUGUGGACCCAAGGAAGACCCCAAGGAGAUAUGUGGAUUGAAGGGCACGUUGAUAUUGCUUCGGACUCGCCUUUCUCUAUUGUCCUCGAAGCAGAGAAAGGCAUGAACGAGGAAGGAAUCAUCGCCCUCGACGAGCUGCUCCUCCACGAGGCCCCCUGCAGCGUCGUCGGACCCACGGACGCCCCGGACACGAGAAUGAUAUGUGAUUUCGAAGAGGAUCUGUGUGGGUUCAAGUUGGAGGACGAACAUGGCAAGUGGAUAUGGACGUACCCAAACAGCCCUGACAACGAUUUCCCUCACCCGUCCAGGGAUCAUACUUAUUACACAGGAUAUGGGCACUACCUCGCCGCGCCCUUGGAAGACGACCGCGAGGGCGUGGUGGGGCGCGUGGUGAGUCCCGAAUACAGCCAGGAGAGACACGAAAAGCAGUGCCUCGUCUUCUGGUACAUCCACAACGGGAACACAGACAGGGACGUGCUCGAAGUCUAUGUAAAACACGGACUUACCGUCUUCCCUCGGGCUGCGUGGAGAGAGAAUGCGAACCACAUGUACACGUGGAUGAGGGCCAACAUCGCCAUCCCUUCCGGCCGGAGCCACUUCAGCGUGAUAUGGAGAGCCGUGCAGAGGAAGAGGGACAACAAGGGCGUGUUUGCGCUCGACGACGUGGAGAUCCUGGAGAAGGAGUGUCCGAACAUAGGUACCUGCACCUUCCAGUGGGGGACGUGUGGAUGGCAGAACCUUAACCAGACAGAGAAUGUGACAGACGAAACGGACUGGAUUCAGAGCUCGGGAGACGACGGUCUUAACGGGAUUUCGCCUCCGGAUGACCACACCGGAGAUACGAAAGGGAAGUUCCUCUACGUGGAUGGCAAGAACGGCACAACGGGAACAGCAGUGUUAGAGAGUCAGCUGUUGACGCCAGAACAACACAGUGAUUUCUGCUUCUCUUUCUGGUUCUUCAUCGAUGGAGUGCCAGCAGACGAGAUCAGCAUCAGCUCUGUGGUAUCCGAUGGCACCGAAAAAGUCCUUUGGUUCUAUGACGGUGCUAGCCAGGGGUGGACUAAGGGCGAAGUGAGGGUCAACGCUGCAAUAUUCAUCUUCGACGAACUACCUUACCAGCUGUACAUCCGCGGCCGAAGAACCACGACAGCUUCCAUCCUCGCCAUGGACGAUUUCUCCUUCAAGAGGGAGUUUGAGUGCCAAACGCUCCCCUCUCUUUCACCACCCACAACUCCGGCCACGCCUACGCUCUGGGCAUGUACCUUUACCCACGAAGACUACUGUGGGAUGACACUCACUGGGGCUGGCCUGUGGGACUUCAACGAGGACAACUCGGCUUUGAAUCACGGUGCAGGUAGGACUCCGCCGGUUUAGC